UCAUCGGCUGCAUGCUGAGAGGACCACUGCCAACAGGCAGCCUUUCUCACACCAUUACCCAAGGACAGCAGCUCUGAAAUGGGCUGCUCCUCAGGUCGCCAGCCCCCGGCCCCGGUCUUUCACCCAGACUUGGACUAUGGCAACAGUAGCGAGGCCAACACCUUACCGCAGGACUCUGAGAACCAGAACCAAGGUUUUGACGGCUGUGCAGAAGGAGGAGAAGAGGAAGGGAGUGUCAAUAGAGACUCAUCCAAACCUCCAGAUUCUCUGCCUACGCUUGAAAGACUUGCCCAAGCUACAGGCGGGACGGAAAAGUCCUGGUACCGCUGUGUGUUCCCUUUUGGUGUGAUUUCUUUAGUGAUUGGCAUGGCUGGCACCGGGGUCACUUUCACAUUCAACACGCUGCUCCAGACCAAAGUUGUAUCAGUGGCACUGCUGUGCGCAGGCAUUGUGAUGCUGCUUGUGGCAGCUGUUUGCUGGAGGGCCCACAGACUGAGAAGGAGGAAAAAGAAGGAAGGAGGAUUCUUCAGCCCUGAUCAGGGUACUUUGUGAUGGAGGGUAGAUUUAACACCAGGUAAUAGUAACCGAAGAGCACUUCAACUUGAAUGAGAAAAUCAGCUUAGUAAGAAAAUUAGAUUUAGGAGCA